GUGCCUCAGCACACUCCCACAGCUGGCGGUUCUGUGAGGAGGGGCGAAGGUCGCUCCAAUAGGAAGCAGCACGUCAGGCACGCACAUUUCUGUACAGAGCUCUGCAUCCAGACUGAGGGUCUCCUCAUCUCUAUCAGCGUACAGAGGGGAGAGAUACACAUCACUAUGGCUGCACCGGACCUAGAAAGUCUCCGCAUGUCCGGAACGGGGAAAGCUCUGGCCGUCCUGACCAGCGGGGGAGAUGCACAAGGAAUGAAUGCUGCAGUUCGUGCUGUUACUCGCAUGGGUAUUUAUGUUGGUGCGAAGGUUUUUCAUGUAUAUGAGGGCUAUGAAGGAUUGGUUGAAGGAGGCGAUUGUAUCAAGCAAGCAAACUGGCUAAGUGUAUCCAAUAUAAUCCAGUUGGGAGGAACUAUCAUUGGAAGUGCCAGAUGCAAAGCAUUUACCACUCAUGAAGGCCGUCUGGCUGCAGCCCAUAACCUUGUGCAACAUGGCAUAACAAACUUAUGUGUCAUUGGUGGAGAUGGCAGUUUAACAGGAGCAAAUAUUUUUCGAAAGGAGUGGAGUGGUCUGCUUGAGGAGCUUGUUAAAGAAGAAAAAAUAACAGAAGAUGUUGCUGCAAAGUACUCUCAUUUGAAUAUUGUUGGUCUUGUUGGGUCAAUUGACAAUGACUUCUGUGGUACAGAUAUGACCAUUGGGACAGAUUCAGCAUUGCACAGAAUUAUGGAAGUAAUUGAUGCAAUCACAACUACUGCUCAAAGCCAUCAACGGACGUUUGUGCUAGAAGUGAUGGGGCGGCAUUGCGGAUAUCUAGCCUUAGUAUCUGCCUUGGCAUCAGGAGCCGACUGGCUUUUAAUUCCAGAGUGUCCGCCUGAUGAAGGAUGGGAGGAUGUCAUGUGUUCAAGACUUGGAGAGACUCGAAGUCGAGGUUCAAGGUUGAAUAUCGUUAUUAUUGCAGAAGGAGCUAUUGAUCUCAAUGGGAAACCAAUUACCUCUACUUAUGUGAAAGAUCUGGUUGUAAAACGCCUGGGAUUUGAUACCAGAAUCACAGUUCUUGGACAUGUACAACGAGGAGGAACUCCAUCAGCAUUUGAUCGUGUCUUGAGCAGUAAGAUGGGUAUGGAAGCAGUUAUUGCGUUGAUGGAAGCAACACCUGAAACUCCAGCCUGUGUUGUAAGCCUGUCUGGCAACCAGUCUGUGCGACUGCCAUUGAUGGAAUGUGUUCAAGUGACAAAGGAUGUACAAAAAGCUAUGGAGGAGCAGAAAUUUGAGGAAGCAAUCCAGUUAAGGGGAAGGAGCUUUGAAAAUAACUGGAACAUAUACAAACUUCUUGCACACCAAAAACCGCCAGAAGAGAAGAGUAACUUUAGUAUGGCAAUCUUAAAUGUUGGUGCACCAGCUGCAGGAAUGAAUGCAGCUGUUCGGUCUGCUGUACGAAUUGGAAUUUCUCAAGGUCACAAAGUCUUCAUAGUGUAUGAUGGAUUUGAAGGCCUCUCAAAAGGACAGAUUCAGGAAGUCAGCUGGCAUGAUGUUGCUGGAUGGUUAGGACGCGGUGGUUCAAUGCUAGGGACAAAAAGAACAAUUCCAAAGACUUGUCUACCCCAGAUUGUAGAAAACAUUAGAAAAUAUAACAUCCAGUCUCUCUUGGUUAUUGGAGGGUUUGAGGCUUAUGAAGGAGUGUUGCAGCUGGUUGAGGCUCGGGAACAAUAUGAGGAACUUUGUAUGAUUAUGUGCGUCAUUCCUGCAACUAUCAGCAACAAUGUUCCUGGCACUGACUUUAGUAUUGGCUCGGAUACAGCUGUCAAUGCUGCCAUGGAGAGCUGUGACCGUAUUAAACAAUCUGCUUCUGGAACAAAGAGGCGUGUGUUCAUCGUAGAAACUAUGGGUGGAUACUGUGGCUACCUUGCUACAGUGACAGGAAUAGCUGUUGGUGCUGAUGCUGCUUAUGUUUACGAAGACCGGUUUAACAUCCAUGAUCUUAAGUCUAAUGUGGACCACUUGACCGACAAAAUGAAGACUGAUAUUCAAAGAGGACUUGUGCUGAGGAAUGAAAAAUGUCACGACUACUACACCACAGAAUUUCUGCAUAAUCUCUAUUCAUCCGAAGGAAAGGGUAUUUUUGACUGUCGAACCAAUGUGCUUGGGCACCUACAGCAGGGUGGUUCCCCAACCCCUUUUGAUCGCAAUUAUGGAACAAAACUAGGAGUCAAGGCUGUACUAUGGAUUUCUGAAAAACUGAGAGAGUCUUAUCGCAGGGGGCGAGUAUUUGCUAAUUCCCCGGAUUCUGCUUGUGUAAUUGGUCUCAAGAAGAAAGUUGUAGCCUUCACAUCUGUAUGCGAACUAAAAAAAGUUACAGACUUUGAACACAGAAUGCCAAAGGAACAGUGGUGGCUGAAGUUGCGCUUGCUGCUGAAGAUGCUGGCCAACUACCAAAUAAGCUUAACAGAAUAUGUUUCAGGAAAGAUUGAGCAUGUUACACGGAGGACUCUAAGCAUAGAAAAGGGCUUUUAAUGCACCAGGGAUUUGGUUUUCUGUUCACCUAAGCAAAUAUAGACAUUUUAAAAAUUCAUCGUAAAAUAACACAAGUGUUUCUAAAACAUUGAACUACUAUAAUUAAAUGAUUAAGACAGUGUGCAGUGUUCUAUAUAGUUCAUCCAUACACAUAACAAAUUGUUUCCUUAGCAGACAAUGGAAGCCUUUUAGCUAAGAGUUUCUUCAGAUCUCUGUAAACUUGUGCAAAUAUUUCGUGAAAUGGAUCAACCAUUUGACCAAUAAACACAUUUUAUAUUGAAAAAACUACAAUUUGAGGUUGGAUAUUUUUAGUUUAGGAAGGUAUUGAUUGAUUUUACUGGAAAUAAAAGGAAUAGCUAUAAAUUGAUGCACAUUAGUGCAGUGUGAGGAAUCGUUAGCCAUGUUGGGUAGUUAAAGAUAACCCCUCACCAUAAUGCCAUAUUAAUUUGUCCCAUCUUUUUUAUAACAUAUUUCAGUCUACAAUACUUGUGUUUAAACCACAUAAGGACAUUUUACAAUUGAAGAAAACUAUUUUUGGCUGUAUAGAGAGAACACAACAUUUUUUAGUUGUGCGCUGCUUUUGCUUUGGUCCCAGUAAGAGUAUUGAAACCUGCCAUUUAACAUGAUCUCUGAUGUUUUUUAUAUCGGCUUAUAAAGUAGGAAAGAAGGUCGUUUUACUGUGCUAUACCACGAAAAUUAAAGAUGUAUAGUAUAAGACAAUGUUUCUCAACGUUUUUUCAGUCCAGGCACCCUUUAAAAAUGUUCACACUCUUGGGACACCCCAUUCUGAAAAAAGCUAAACCAAUAAGUUUACAUAACGCAACAGCAUCCACACACAUAGGACACCCAACAUUAGAGGUGAUUUAUUCUUCCAAAGCAAAUACAUCUUUGCACACUGGUACUGACUAAGAUUCCAAUGUUUCUCUUCUCCCCCAGUUUCUCUUGCUUACUUAGCUAAUGUGACACCAAUACUGAUGGAGGGAGGUACAGAAGGGGCAAACAAAGAUGCUUUGUAGGCGCCUGAUGGCGUCAUUAGUUGUUAGGAUGUCAGCGGCUAGAAGGUUGUAAUGUUACACAAUGAAAACCUGUGGCUUUGUGUAAAUGCAGGCUUGAUCCACCCACUGCCUUGUGGGUAAUUUCUUUGUAAUUUUGCCAAGGCACCCCUGAGGAAACCUAAAGGCAGCCCUGGUUGAUGGGGGGGGGGGGGGGG